UGCUGCGCGCCGCGCCGGGCGGCCGCUCCCUCCCUCCCUCCCCUCCCCGCGCUGCCUGGCAGUGCUCGCUAAGAUGGCGGACUUCCUGCCGUCGCGCUCCGUGCUCUCGGGCUGCUUCCCGGGCUGCCUGCUCACGAGCGGCGAGGCCGAGCAGCAGCGCAAGUCCAAGGAGAUCGACAAGUGCCUCAACCGCGAGAAGACCUACGUGAAGCGCCUCGUCAAGAUCCUGCUGCUGGGCGCCGGCGAGAGCGGCAAGUCCACCUUCCUCAAGCAGAUGCGCAUCAUCCACGGGCAGGACUGGGACCGCGCGGCCCGCGAGGAGUUCCGCGCCACCAUCUACAGCAACGUGAUCAAGGGUGUGAGAGUCCUCGUCGAUGCCAGAGAGAAACUUCAUAUUCCCUGGGGAGACCCGGCCAACCAGAGCAACGGAGAUACCAUGAUGGCUUUCGAUACGCGGGCGGUCACGGUGGGGCACGGCACGGUGGAGACCACGGUUUUCCUGCAGUACCUUCCAGCCAUCAGAGCGCUGUGGGCAGACAGCGGCAUCCAGCAYGCAUACGACAGGCGCAGGGAGUUCCAGCUGGGGGAAUCUGUAAAAUACUUCUUGGACAACUUGGAUAAACUUGGAGAGCAAGAUUAUCUUCCAUCACAACAAGACAUUCUGCUGGCACGAAAACCCACGAAAGGAAUUCACGAGUACGAUUUCGAAAUCAAAAACGUGCCUUUCAAAAUGGUUGAUGUAGGUGGCCAGCGGUCCGAACGGAAGCGCUGGUUCGAGUGCUUCGACAGCGUCACGUCGAUCCUCUUCCUCGUCUCCUCGAGCGAGUUUGACCAGGUGCUUAUGGAGGACCGGCAGACGAAUCGCCUCACGGAGUCCCUGAACAUUUUUGAGACGAUAGUCAAUAACCGGGUUUUCAGCAACGUCUCCAUCAUUCUCUUCUUAAAUAAGACGGACUUACUCGAGGAAAAAGUACAAAAAGUGAGCAUCAAAGACUAUUUCCCAGAGUUUGAAGGGGAUCCCCACUGCUUAACAGAUGUCCAAAAAUUCCUAGUGGAUUGUUUUCGUACCAAACGCCGGGACCAGCAGCAGAAGCCGCUCUACCACCACUUCACCACUGCUAUUAACACAGAAAACAUCCGACUAGUUUUCCGUGAUGUCAAGGAUACCAUCCUUCAUGAUAACCUCAAGCAGCUUAUGCUACAGUGAUGUGCAAAAAGACAUUUUUAUUUGAAUAACUUUUGUGUGUUGUUUUUAACUAGAAGUUUACAACAGGAAUAGAGAAAUCCAGAUCCUGUCGGACUUCUUGAUACGUGGCUAAAAGCUGCUGCUGAAUACAUUAUUGCCAAUUUCUGCAGAAAUCCAGGCUUAAUCUCUUCCAGUGUAGCUUCAAGUUGACUCAAGUUGUUGUUUUAUAGCAAGCCUAUGUCUAAGUURCCUGUAAAGUGAUAUAAAUUGGACCUUUUAAGAGCAUGAAUGAUAAAAAUCAACCUCCAAACUAGAAAAUUCAUUACACCUGCUCAAUUCUGAGUCCAGCCUUCAGUGAAAUGGAUGCAAUUGUUAGAUUUUGGCAGUAACUAUAAAGAAACUCUUCACAUUCAACUUCGUAAAGAUGACUGAUUGCACAGCCAACUUAUGAUUUCUCAGGUCUUUUAUUGGUUAGAAAUUCCAUAAAUCCCUUGCUGAAAUCAUCUAUUUAAAGCUUGGAUACCUGGUGUAAUGUAUUUCCURUCUAAAUAGAAAUCUGUGCAUGGGUUUUGAUUAGACCGUGCUUUAAAAAUACUUAUACUGGGAACUUCAGACAUAGCUGGCAGGAAGUACUAACGCAGGCAGAAGUCUAACGAGCAGGAGUUAGUGGAUGGCACAGCACACUCCUUCACAAUGUUGUAUCUUUUAAGUACAUCCUAGAGCCGUGACAAAGCACCGAGCACUAUGAUACGGUUCUCUCGGAUUCUGAUGUGGGAAGGGGGAACAAGCUAAACUCGUAUUUAUUUCCACUAACCAGAUGUUACGCGUAGGUACCUUACCUGAUCUUGAAGGGCUUUAAUAUUAUCACUGUGGGUUUUCUGUUUUGUUUUCUUUUUUUACUUUCUUCCUAACUUAAUGCAGCGUGCCUGUGCUUCAGCAGGGAGCGCUUGGUGAUGGAUGGAAGUGCUCGCAAACUGAAGUGCCUCGCGGCCUUCUGUCCUCCCACAGUGUUUUCAGUGGCCUUAUGUGAGCGGGUGCUCCCAGCAGAGGCCUUGUGUGGCUAACACCACUAAGAUGAAUGUUUUUGGAAAAAAAGAGUGACCUGUCACAGCAGAAUGUGCUUCAGGUGACGAGAGUCUCUCCGAGACUUUCCAGCUGGGUCUAGCAAUCCUAAGUGUACUUGAGCCAAAUACAUUGCACAGCAUAGAGUACUGCUCGUGACUAAUAAUAUGUUACCAAAAGCUCCUUUGCAGUUCUCUCUCUCUAUUUUUUUUCUUCUUUUUAGGGGCAGGGGGACUUUAACGUGACCAUGUAGCUGAACAGCUAUCUUCAUACACCACACAGAGUACUAGUAAAUAAAAGUAAGCUUGCCAAGUUGUAUUGGAGAGAGUGGUGCCACUACCAGGUUUCCUCCAGCCUGUAGUUCCACUUAGAUAUUCUGCUUGCCCCUUUGCUCCAGGGAAACAGCUGAUUCCUGUGGUUGAUGAUGCUGGCCAUAAUUUUUUUUAUAACAUAUAUGUGGCCAGAGGUAGGAUAUAAUAUUUAAACUGCUUUGAGCAGGAUCCCUGCACGUGUGAUGAUGUUGCUAGAACACGGGAAGCUCCCUGUCUUCUGAACUUUGCCUUCUACUUACUGUAAGGUCUAUUAGCAUCUCUGUACCUCAUUCCCCUUCCAUUAGAAAGGGAAUAGUGGAUGUGCACUUCAGUUAAGUGCUUCAGAAUAUCUUUAUUUUUUAAUAUUGUCCAGGCAGCAAUCAUAAGUCUUAAACAUUAGUCUGAUUUGUUUGAUGAGGCACUAUUUCUAGGAGGGAAGAAUUAUGAGAAGAGCUUGGGAGAAGUCACAGUGCAUAAUCUUUUAAAAGCCUGACUGCAGCAAGGAAGUCAGAAGGGUUAAUAUGAUCUGAGGUUGGGGAUAUUUCAUGUAGUUGUUACCUUCUUAUUAGGCAUGGAGAUGAUUGCUCCUUUUUUGACAUCUUUAGUUCCUGUAUGAGCAAGUGAAGAAGAAUGUGUAACUAGAGAUAGCACAAGAGAUUAAUGAGGAUAUGUGAAAGACUGGCCAGCCUGCCUGCAGCGAGGUCAGAAAGUUCUUCUCCUCCUCCUGGAAGAAGGUUUACAGGUUGGUUGGGUUGAGUUAUAAAUGUUAGGUCAGCAGCAACACACCUUAGUCUAACAACCUUGACAGGGCAGGACAAAGUCCAGUCUGGCAGCUGAACAAAUCCACACCCUUCUAGAGGUGGUAAUUAACCAUGGGAACAAAUCCACGACGGGGAGAAUAGUCUUUUUUUUUUUUUUUCAUCCCCUCCAUUGCUGACAGUGUUUGAACAAAUUUCUUGCAGAGGAGACUGUCUGCUCGCUUGAUAACGAGCUUUAAUUUGGAGAGGGUCUGUGGUAUGUGCUCGGCACGAUGGCAGACGAGGUGAUUACAAAGGAGACUUGAGACUGGAUAUUGGCUGAUACGAAAGCUACUGAGAAUAUGCCUGUCUAAGCAAGUUCAUUUAUGCAAAAUGUUUUUUUUUAAUCAAGGGAUCUGUUAACUUGCUUGAAGAUCCUCAAAACUGAUGCCAGUCCAAGGAUGUUAUCAAUAUUUCCCAGGCACUCGCCAUUUCUGAGAUGAACAUGGGUCAGUGCUGACCAAGCAGGUCCUGGUACGCAAGUACUAUUUGAAUCUUAGGCAGGAAUUAAUGAAUUUGAUGAAAUCCCUGCAUCCUGUGGCCUUCUCCCACCUUUCUGAAGGGGCUGGGGAGCUGCUGCAGCCGCUCACACGGCUCCUCUGCAUGGACAUCCUGGCUGAGCAGAUACACCUUGGGCUCCCCACCUCCAAACGUGCCGCGUGUCAGCUCCUGCAAAGGGAUUUCUUUGUGGAUCUGUUGCUAAAUAUUGUUUCUUUAUGGCAGAAUAUCACUCUGGUACAAGAGAUGAAGCCAUUGAUAUUGUUGAGCAGACUGAUGUGUAUCCUGAAGCAAACAAGUGAGUCACCCCUGCCUGAUAAGAGUGAGACUUCGUGGUUUAAAACCCCCCCGAGGUCCUAGGUCAGGGUUUCUUGUAAAGAGCAGGAAGGUUCCUGAGCUUUUUAGUUCUGUUCAGGGCAGAGAAGCUGGUUAAAAAGGUCACUGAUGGGUGACAUAUUGAGAUUUACCCCUGCCUUGUCCGGCCUUCGUGCACUGAUGGUGAAAUCGGAGUUUUAGCAAACGUUCCCUGCUGCAGCGUGUUAAACUGAGUUGUUUAACACCAGAAAACCGUGCCUGAUCCCCAGGGCCAUAAAAAUUCCUGCUUUUUUUUUUUUUUUCAAGCUGUUGUAUGUGGGAGCUUAAGCCAUCAGUUUGUGUUAAAUUUAAGAGUUCUUUUAGACUUCAAAAAAGGGAAAAAAAAAUCCAAUGGGUUCCUUGAUGUCAAAGGCUGUUUAUUUAGACCUGCCUGUCUAGUGGUGGCUCUGAGUUUUGCUCCUCAGAAUUAGGCUGGGUUUGCUCAGGCGAGGUGGCCGUCCCAAGUGUCCCCAGCCCAGGGCACUCGGUGGGAGCUUGAUCAGUGUCAGGUUGCCUGCUCAGCGCUCCCCAUAGUGCCAAAUUUUGUCUGAGUUUUGCCUUAUUUUCUUAAUUUUUAGUUUAAAAACAGGAACAGAGUACUAAGCGGAGUUAUAGUCUCAUGUUUAGGAGUAAUUCCGUGCUUAAAGACUGAGAAUCACGCAUGUUUAACAUGCCCUUUGCUGACUGCAGCCGCCGCCAGGCCCUUCUCUUUGAGGGCGAUUGCAGAAGAUUCRUUUUCCAGUGAUGCCAUUUCCCGUUUCAGAGCGAUCAGAAAUGUUCUGUACUCUCUGUUCACAAGUCAGCUUUACAGGUCUUGCCUAUUUGAUGGUACCAUUAACAUAGUUUGUA